AUGGAGGCGUAUCCUGCUUCGCGCCACCCGCUGCAUGCCCGCUUGCACUCUGAAACCACCCUUCGCGCCCCCGCGUCCAACCACCAAUGGCGGCCCUUAGUUCCGACGUCUCGCUAUCAGCUUCUCCGGCAUUCUGUAUCGCUACGGUGGUCGCGUCUACCCGGUCGGCAGAGCGGGAACCUCGCGCGGAGCCGCGGUCAUUUCAGCCGGCCCAUCGCUGCCGCGAGCGGCGAAGACGCGAAUGGAAUUGCUGCGAACGAAGCAGAUAAUAUCGGGGAUAAGGGUGCAGGGGCGAGUGCAAAGGCGGAGAGCGCGGAGCUGGCGGACAUCCUGGCGCGCGUGCACGAGGAGAUGGCGGAGGCCACCCGCGCCCAGGCGGACGGGCGCGCGUCGAUCCUGCGGAGCAUGGGGCGCGAGGGCGGCGGGGAGGGCGAGGCGGGCGAGAAGCUUCUGCUGGAGCUGCUGCAGGCGGAGGAGCAACGGCGCAUGCGCGCGCCGGGGGACGCGGAGGAGGCGGAGGAGGACGCAGGGUCUUGGGAAGGAAGUGACGGCGCGCAAGGCGGAAAGGAAUACAGGCUCCCCCCACCCUUCUUCCCGCGUCCUACUGACUCCGCGGCCCUCCCCGCCGCUUCCGCAGAGCCUGGCGCUGCUGGCGGCGAUGGGGGGAGUGAUGAGAGCAGAGGCGCGGGCAUCGAUCGGGGGAGUGAGGGCGCGGGUCAACUCGAGACGCGGCAGGAGCAGGGGGAAGGGGGCGAGGAGGGCGGUAGGGGGACGGGGGAGCAGGAGGUGCCGGAGGGGUCAGUGGUGCGGGAGCAGCUGGCGGGGCGGCCAGAGCUGUGGCGCGGCGUGCACGUGGCGGGCGCAACGUGGGCGGGCGCGGGGGUAGCGGAAGGGGCGGGGGCUGGGCCGGGGCGAGGGGAGAGACCGGGGGAAGGAGGAGCGGGGGCGCCUGGGCCAGGGCAGAGCGGAGGGGGGGAGGCAGCGGCGGGCAGCGGAACGUACCUGCAGGCGCGCGCGCUGCUGUCGAACAUGGCGAAGAGCAUGGAGCAGCUUGAGAGCGGGCUGUCCGCCCGCCACAAGGUACCCGUGUGUGUGCACCGCCAUGCCCGGUCCCCGUGCCGUGCUGGACCAGAGAUGGGCGAGUCAACGCAGUUCAUCACGGGCAUCCGCUCCAGCGAACCAGCUGCCGGCCAGGGCGCAGUGGUGCGGAGAGCAGAGGAGAUGGUGGCGCGCAUGCAGGUGCAGUUUGCAGCCAUGGAGAAGGAGGCGGCCCACAAGGACACCGUGCUCGAACGCCUGCUCGCCCACGCCAAGUCCACCAAGCAGCGAAUGAGGGCGGUGGAGGAGCGGUCGCGGGUGGAGAAGGACGAGCUGAGGCGGGAGAUGACGGAGCAGCAGCAGCGCAUGCAGAAGGAGCUGGAGUCGGCGGCGGGGAGGGAGGAGAGGAUGAGGCGGCAGCUGAUGGAGGCGCAGGAGGGCAUAGCGCACCGGGACGCCUUCCUGCAGCAGCUGCAGGAGGAGGCUGCACUCUCCGCCUCCGCGCUCAAACAGGCCGCCAGGGCGAUGGUGGCGGCGCGGGACCGCACGUUGAGGAUAGAGGAGCAGCUGGAGUCGAUGGGCGACCAGCUGGCCAAGGAGCGCGCCAAGACCCGCCGCGAGCGCGAGAACACCGCGCGCGUCACUGCUGAGCUGGCGGAGGCGCGCAUGGCAGCGGAGGAGAUGGCGGGGCGGGUGGGACGGCUGGAGAGUGAGGUGCAGCGCAAGGAGCGCGAGAUGCAGCAGAGCCGCCAGGAGGCGGACGCUGUCAGGGCGCAGCUGCAAGCCACGCAGCAGGCGCUGGAGGAGGCAGCGCGGCAGGCAAGGGAGGAGCAGGCGGGCAGGCAGCAGGCGGAGGCGGCGGUGGAGGAGGAGAGGGCGGCGGCGGCAGCAGCAGUGGCGGGGCAGAUGAGCGCGGAGCAGCGGCUGAUGGAGGCCCAGGCGCGCGUGCAGCUGCUGGAAGGCGAGGUGGACUCUCUCAAGGAGGUGGCAGCGAGCAAGGACUCGCUGCUGGCGGCCGUGAAGGAGGAGACCAUGCGCAAUGCCGACAUGCUGCUCGCUGCUGCCAACACUCGCAAGGAGCUAGCGGGGGCGGAGGCGCGGAUAGCAGCGCUGCAGGGGUCGGUGGUGGCGUUGGAGGCGGAGGUGCGGCAGCAGGACCAGCUGCUCAGCGACAUCCGCGCCGACGCUGUCUCCUCUGCUGACGCCCUGCGCACCGCCGCUCAGAUCAACCAGGACCUGAAUGCAGCGCGGGAGCGAGAGGCGGAGCUGGUGGAACAGCUGGAGCAGCGCGAGGCGGAGGUGGAGAGCCUGCGCCGCGACACCACCGAGAACAUCCGCGCGCAGCGCGCCGAGCUCGCGCUGAGGGAGGCGGAGAGGAGGGCGCGCGAGCUGGAGAUGGAGAGGGAGUCGCUGCGGCGGGGCGUGGCGAAGCGCGACCAGGCGCUGGGGCUCAUGAAGAGAGAGCUCGAACGCAGCGCCCACAUGCUCUCCGCCGCUGCUGACACCCGCCAGGCAUUACGGAGCAUGAAGGAGCAGAUGGAGUGGAUGCAGGAGGAGGCGCGCGUCAAGGAGGAGCGCCUGGCAGCGCUGCAGGAGGAGUUCGUCUCUGCUCUCAAGGGCACCACCUUCCCAUCGCUG